AUUGUAUUUACGAGGUCUAUCUCGAAGCUUGUCAGAGGUUGCCGAGUCAAAAUGAUUGGAUCACGUUGUUCCGCUUGGCAUAAUUGUUGUCUGUGUCAGUCAACUUCCGUUUAUUGGAAAGACACAGAUGGAGAAACCAAGUAAAAAGCUUUGCUUGAAAAGGAAGCGUUCAAAAGCAAGUGUAGCAGAUGUGUACGUUGACAGUGAAGAUGUUGUGGUUGCUGAUAAUGAGACGAGGCCUGGGAAACAGCAGGUUGCUGAUCUAGUCACUGUAAAUCCUUGCCUUCAAAAGCUUCGGAGCAUUUUGUUGAGGAUAUCUCCUCCCAGUAGGACGGAAAAGUGCACUCUAUUUCCUCAAUAUGUUCAGGAUGUUGGCAACACAGAGACACCUAAGGGUUGUGGUCACAAAUUCCCGCCGCCUUGCUGUCAAGUAUCUUGGUCCAGGCUGAACAAAAAUGGCGGCAUUGGGGUAGACCAAACAGAACCCAGUGGCAGCAAUGACAAUAAUAAACAUGAACCAGGACCGAGUGGCAGCAAUGACAAUAAUAAACAUGAACCAGGACCGAGUGGCAGCAAUGACAAUAAUAAACAUGAACCAGGACCGAGUGGCAGCAAUGACAAUAAUAAACAUGAACCAGGACCGUGUGGCAGUUCUAAAGGGAAAGAAGAUCUAUUACAGGACUCUGAAGGACCGAGAGAUAGACAAUCAUCCAGUUGUCGUGUUGGAGGGUCACGAAGUAGCUUCGUGACAAAGAAAACUAGUAAAAGUACAUGUAUAGAUGAUUGGAGAUCUGCAGGGCAUACUGAUGCUUCUGAUGAUCUGAGUUCAAAAUUUUUAGAUUUGCACGAUAAAGGUGAUCCUUUUAACCAAAAUCAUAGAUGUCCAAACAUUUGUGGCACUGAAAGUCAGCAGUCAGAAGGAUCUGCUAGAAGCAGAAGUGGUUUCAGCUAUUUAACCCAUGCGCCUGUACGCAGUACAAGUCAUUUACCACAAGUGAAAAGUGCUAGAACCUAUGUACAAGAUUUGACUAAUUCAAGGCAAAAACCUGUUUAUUCCGAUGACAAUAGUUCAAUAAUGAUGGACAGAAAUUCUAAUUUAUAUUGUAUGCAGACCAAAAAUGUUAACUUAUUAGCUUAAAUAAAGUCCAAUGGAACAAAAAAAGUAUUAUAUUUAAA